GUCAAGCAUCCAGCCAAAGCAGCCGAAAUCGCGAAGGCGCAUCGGUCAAGCAGGCGAAUCGUGUUGUUUACGUCGUGCUUACUGCGCCGUCUCUCGCUGUUACACCUGGAGAAGUGUAAUUGCAUCGUAAUCCUCAUCUGAAUUCUUGAGCUUCCGUCAUACUUUGCCACAAUGGCGAGAAAUGCUGAAAAGGCCAUGACGACGCUGGCUCGCUGGAGAGCCGCUCAGUUGGCCGAACAAGGCAAGGGUGUCCAGGAAAGACGACCUUUCCUCGCAUCCAAUUGUCACAACCUGAGGAAAUGCGAGAAAUGGAGGAUGCAGGUUAUUCGCGAGAUCGCGAAGAAAGUCGCCCAGAUACAGAACGCUGGCCUGGGAGAGUUUCGUAUUCGAGAUCUCAAUGAUGAGAUUAACAAGUUGCUUCGAGAAAAAGGGCACUGGGAGGACCGGAUCAAAGAGCUAGGAGGUCCUGAUUAUGCCAAAGUUGGUCCGAAGAUGCUCGAUCAAGAAGGUAGAGAGGUGCCUGGAAAUCGAGGCUAUAAAUACUUUGGUGCUGCAAAAGACCUUCCAGGAGUUCGGGAGCUGUUCGAACAAGAACCGCCACCUCCCCCAAGACGUACAAGGGCAGAAAUCAUGCGGGACAUAGAUGCAGACUACUACGGUUACCGAGAUGACGAUGAUGGUGUCUUGGUGCCCCUGGAGCAGGAACAAGAGAAGGUAGCCAUAGCCAAGGCCGCCCGCCAGUGGAAAGCACAAAAGAAAGGAGUGAAGUCUGCCGCUGAAGGUGACAAAGCCACUGCUAGUAGUGCGAAAGAUGAAGAGGACAUCUAUGCUGUAGAGCCCGAGAGUGACGAAGAAAUGGAUGACGAGCCUGCCACAGAGAGUGCCGAAGAACAAGCCAGGUUUAUUGCUCAUGUCCCAGUGCCUUCACAGAAAGAGGUUGAAGAGGCGCUGGUACGAAGAAAAAAGAUGGAGCUCCUCGAGAAGUAUGCCAGUGACGUUCUUCAGCAGGAAGCUGAGGAAGUGAAGGAGAUGUUGGGGUUGCAGUAGCGUACUGUGACAAGAACUGUACAGUGUUAAUUUCGUUUUAUAAUAAAGCCACACAUCAUUGUGCGCACCUGCA